AUGACUGCCGAGUUAACUAGAGAAAUUGCCAGAUGCAAGCAGCAGCUGAAAAGACAGGAAGAAGAACAAGGACGUGCUGGAUUGACGCUUCGAAUGGUGCGGGUUGUGUUAUGCAUCUACCUGUUGUCGGGCAGAGCUGACCUGGCCGUUGCUUGUGUGGGUGCAUUCCAGCGCAAGCGCAAGCGUCCAGGUGAUGCUGUUGCUUUGCCAGACAUCGUGCAGUGGUACGAGUCGUGGCCUUUGGGCGACCUACUAACCCUCGGUGAUCCCGAGAACGAAUACGACAAGCGAGUCAAAGCAGAAGCGGAGCGGUUCAUCAGUGAGUUCUCUACAGCAGCAUGGGUGUGCCAGGUGAACUACGACAAGCGUGUUGCAGUUCCAACCCUGACCCUGGUACAACGGCACCAGAGGGAGCUUGUGCGGCGAGGUUUACCUGCAAGCCACGCCUUGAGUUCAUCGGCUGCUGGCGUCGAUGGUCAAGGUGGACGCCCGGGCCGCUAUAUGCGCCUUUGGGCGCAGAGGUUUCGUCGCCGGUGGAACCUGACCUAUGGCCGUCUCCCAAAUCGGUCUGAUUUGCCUGCAGAGGAACUUCACGCAAAGGCCACUGGUGUAAGGCCCUGUAAGGCGGCUUCAGACAAGGGGGCCGUCGCAUUUUUCCGCUGGAUUGACUGGGCUGGACAGCAGGUGACCUUGUUUCAGAAGGACAUCGCGUGGAUAAAUCUGGACGAAACUUCUCUGCAGCGGGACUACGCAGAUGGCAAGGGGACUGCCGUUCGACGUGCCUGGUAUCGUUGCAACGCGGGACCUACUCGCCGGCGACCGAAGCGUGGCAACAUCACAUUGAUUGCGUUGAGCUCGCCGCAUGCGGAAGUACAAGCAAGAUUACCGCAAUUCUUUGUUGGCAACAGGUUCUUGUUUUCGAAGCGAAGCUUGGAGGCCAUAGAGGCGGACGUGCCCUCGAACCUUCAUUUCUGGAGAAGGCAGUCAAGUUGGAAUUCGACCGAGGUCAUGCUGGAAGUGCUAGAUGAGGUGGCGCGUGUCAUGGCAUCCUUUCCAGACAAGCAGCCCUGUUUAAUCAUGGACUCGGCUUCAAUGCAUUACAACAAGCGCGUGUGCCUGAGAGCGGCAUUCUUAGGUUUGUGGAUCAUCAUCAUCCCAUCACAAACCACAGGCCAUCUGCAACCUUUGGAUUUGCAGACCUUCUCAUGCUUGAAGCAACACUUGCGGCGCAAGUCCAUCGAAGCUGCGGUAGCAUCGGACGCCGAUGCUGGGACGGGAAGCGUGGUUGCGGCUGUUAUUUGCUGUAAGCGAUUCCAUGACAAGCCGUAG